AUUUAACAUACCACUGAUAAUAACGAUUUCUCAUUGUUUUCAGUCCCAGCAGCUAAAACAAGCAUUAAGUAUUUUGACUAUGCCGUAUAUUGAGUUCAUUGUAUUUUUGGUCAUACUAUCAUUCAUUCCUUCCCACAAUAUUCCUGUGGAUGGAAAGAAGAGUGUCAAUCAUAAUGAAGCAGAUAAUACAAUUUUGAUGGCUCAUGUGAUUUUCCGGCAUGGAAAUAGAACUCCCGAAAUGAAUGAACGGUACCCUAAGGACCCUUACUUGAAUAAUACUUAUUUUCCUAUUGGAAUUGGACAACUCACGAAUGAAGGUAAAGUGAAAGAGUUCAACAUAGGCAAGUUAUUACGAGCGAGAUAUGAUAAACUACUGGGAAAAUAUUACUAUCCUGACCUUGUUGACGCUACAAGUACGGAUUACAACCGAACCAAGGCCUCUUUGCAACUGGUAUUAGCUAGCCUCUUUCAACCAAAUGACGGUCAAAUAUGGAAUUCAAACUUCAACUGGCAGCCAGUACCGUACAAUUAUCGUCCAAUCGACAAAGACGAGGUAUUAUAUGGAAGCAAGUGUCCUAAUUAUGAAAAAUUAUACAAACAACAUGUGAAUAGUCCUAAGCUACAAGCAAAAUUCGCCAAAUAUAAAACCGAUUUCAAUUACAUAUCACACAAUUCGGGACUAAACGUAACCUCAUUUCAACAAGUAUAUGAUUUAUACUUUGGUCUAUCUACAGAAGAGGAAAUAGGAUUGAAACUUCCCCAAUGGACAAAGAAAGUCUGGCCCAAGACGAUUACUAACCUAGCUAUCCAGGAGUAUUAUGUACAAACUGGAACAACAAAACUCUUGCAAAUAAGCGAAGGAUUUCUUCUGAGGAAAAUCAUUGACGAUACAACAAGGAAAAUUGAUAAUAUCAACCUGGAGCAUGGGAGGAAGAUGUAUCUAUAUUCCGCCCACGAAAACAACGUUGCCGACAUGCUGAUUCUUUUAAAUGUAUUUGAUCCACCUCACAUACCAAAUUAUGGUGCAUUUCUGAUAUUUGAAGUUCAUCAUAUUAAUAAAACAUACGGAUUCAAGUUGUAUUACCAAAACUACGUCAGUGAGAAUAUUCAACUACUCAAAUUGCCUGCAUGUGGCGAAUUCUGUCCUAUGGAUAAAUUUAUUUCCCUGGUUCAAGAAUAUCUACCGACAGAUGAUUCCUGUGGUUACAUCUACCAAUCAAAACCGCUGAUCCCCAAUAACCCAGGAACUUUUCUGAGAAGAAGCGAAAUACCGAAUGACAUUAAGUAUAAUAAAAGAACACAUCAAUCCAGAUUCCAUAUCAUUCUUGAGAGUCGUUUCAAGAUGAACUGUCUUCUUUUCGUAAGUUGUGUGCUCAUUGCCGGCGUAAGUGGUACUGUGCAUCAUAAUUAUAUCUUCAAUAGGUUCGAUUCCUUUUCUGACAAUGACUACCGGAUUAUUUUUCCGAAUAGAGAAGAUUCUGAAGGGACUUUACAGCUAGUUAAUGUGCUGUUUAGACAUGGAAAUAGAACUGCUGAUAGUCAAGCUGAACUCUAUCCCAAGGAUCCCUACUUUAAUUACACUUACUUUCCAUAUGGACUUGGACAGCUCACUAAUGCUGGCAAAAAACGAGAGUACGAUGUGGGAGUAGCUCUCCGAAGAAGAUACGACAAAUUCUUGGGAAAAUACUACUAUCCCGAGAUAAUCGAAGCCAUCAGUACUGAUUAUAAUAGAACCAAAAUGUCUCUGCAACUAGUACUAGCUGGACUAUUUCCACCAAGAAGAGAAGACAUGUUUCAGGAUGCCUUUUUCUGGCAGCCUGUACCAUUCAACUACCUGCCUAGACCACAGGAUAAGGUUCUAUUGGGAGUUAUCUGCCCAAACUAUCUCGCCCUCUACGACAAGUACGUCGCUACACCUAAAGUCCAACAGAAACUCAGACGCAACCGAAGGAUAUUUGACUACAUUUCUCAGCACAGCGGAUUGAACGUAACGAGAUUCAUAGAUGUCUACCAGUUGUACUUUGGACUGUCCACAGAACAAGAGUACGGCCUAGAACUACCAGCCUGGACGGCCAGCAUUUGGCCUGAAACGGUCAUCAACAUGUCCAUAGAGGAGUACUACGUUUCAAUGGGCACUUCAAACUUGAGGAAAAUGGCGGUCGGAUACUUCCUUCACAAAGUUCUGGAGGACGCUAAAAGAAAGAUGACCACCAACCGAAAACUGUGCAGGAAAAUCCAUCUCUACUCUGCCCACGAAAACAAUAUAGCGCAAUUGUUGAUAGCUUUGGGCGUUUUCAAUGAACCCCACGUACCGAACUAUGGGGCCUAUGCAAUACUUGAGUUGCACAAAAUUCGAGGUAUAUAUGGAUUCAAAAUCUUUUACGACAAUUGGACUGGAGGCGGACCGCAACUUCUGAAAAUGCCGGGUUGCGGUGAAUUUUGCCCGCUUGACAAAUUCGUGUCAUUAAUCGAUGAACACUUACCGGUAGAUCAUAACCUUUGUGGGAAUUAAGAAGACUGAAAUUUACACGUUGGCCAGUAGUAUUAAAGUAGCACUGAUCAGUUAGACCAUGAAUUGUAUGAGUUCCUAGUUCGUUUUAUCAAUAAUUUAAGUUAAACAAGUUUCUGUGAACAUUAUCAGACGUAUACAUAUGAUUUCAUAAGUAUUUAUUUCAUUCCCAAACUCAUCAUUUUGUAAUAUGUACAAGAAACAAUAAAUUUUCAGCAUAUAAAUUCCGUUUAAUUU